AUGGCCGUCGACGAUCUCAUAGGGACGCUCUCCGAUGCGGACGAUAUUUCGGAUGAAGAGUCCGAGGAGAUCGUUGAAGUCGCACCAAAAGGAACAAAACGCAAACGAGAAACAAAAGAGCAGGGUUCCGUGAAGAAGCAGAAGGAAGAUAAAGAUGAGGACUUGGACUCGGAGUUUGAAUUUGAGAAUGAGGCAGGACCUGCGGAGCUGGACGAUUUAGAUGCCUGGGCGAGUGCUGGAAAUACUUACGAUCGGAUAUCUGAGAUUGUGUCGCGGAGGAAACCACGACAACCGGAGCCUGUGGAGGAUGAUUCAGAUGCUGAAGAUGGGGCUGCCGAAUCUGAAAGUGAGGCUGAGGAUGGGAUACCUUCGGAUGAUGGAAGUAGCGACGAGGACGGAGAAGAGUUCCAUACUGCUAUCGACGGCCUUGGUGAAGAGGAGGAAAGUGCAGAAGAAGAGGACGGAGAGGAUGACGAAGAGGACGAUGAAGAGGAUGAUGAAGUAGCUGCUGCUGUGCCACACCCCGACGAUGUGGCACAAGAGUCUGGAUCUGAUGAUGGAGAGGAUGCCAUCGAAGAAGAAAAGCGCAAUGCGUUCUUCGCAACGGACAACAAGAAAUCGACACCUGGUGCAACGGCGUUUCACACAAUGAAUUUGUCUCGUCCGAUCCUGAAGGGUCUUGCAUCAGUAGGAUUUGACAAGCCGACUCCUAUCCAAGCAAAGACCAUACCGGUCGCUUUGGAAGGUAAGGAUCUUGUUGGAGGGGCUGUCACUGGUUCUGGCAAGACGGCAGCUUUCCUCAUUCCAAUUCUGGAACGUCUCUUGUUCCGCCCAAAGCGUACUGCCACAACCAGAGUGGCUAUUCUUAUGCCGACAAGAGAGCUGGCACUACAAUGUUUCAAUGUCGCAAAGAAGCUUGCGGCUUUCACGGACAUCACUUUCGGGCAAGCCAUUGGUGGCCUAAACUCUCGCGAGCAGGAGAAGCAGUUGAAGCUUCGACCGGACAUUGUGAUCGCAACGCCUGGACGGUUCAUCGAUCUCGAGCGCAACUCAGCGUCGUUCGUGGUCAACACUGUCGAAAUUCUGGUGUUGGACGAGGCCGAUCGAAUGCUGGAAGAGGGGUUCGCCGACGAAUUGAACGAGAUCCUGGGCAAGAUUCCCAAGUCAAGGCAGACGAUGCUGUUCUCUGCUACCAUGACAUCGAAAGUCGACGACUUGAUUCGAGUGGGCUUGCAGCGCCCAGUCCGACUGAUGGUGGACGCUCAGAAGCAGACUGUGUCAGGGCUUGUGCAAGAGUUUGUCCGUCUGAGACCUGGCCGAGAGGGGAAGCGACUGGGUUAUCUAAUGCAUCUGUGCGAGAAGGUCUACACGGAUCGAGUGAUCGUCUUCUUCCGACAGAAAAAAGAGGCACAUCGUGUUCGCGUCAUUUUCGCACUCUGCGGCUUGAACGCAGCCGAAUUGCAUGGUAGCAUGUCCCAAGAGCAGCGCAUGAACUCUAUCGAGACGUUCAGGUCAGGCAAAGCUUCGUACCUACUCGCAACGGACCUCGCAUCUCGUGGUCUUGAUAUCAAGGGCAUCGACACUGUCAUCAACUAUGAGGCACCGCAAUCACACGAGAUAUACCUGCAUCGUGUUGGACGUACCGCCCGUGCUGGUCGAUCUGGACGUGCAUGUACCCUGGCUGCUGAACCUGAUCGAAAGGUUGUCAAAGCCGCUGUGAAGAGCGGAAAGGCACAGGGAGCGGAGAUCCGUCAAAGAACUAUCGACCCACAAGAUGUCGAAGCUUGGCAAACUCGUGUCGACGCCAUGGAAGAGGAAAUCGAGGAUGUACUGCGCGAGGAGAAGGAGGACCGAGCCAUGCAACAGGUCGACCGCGAGCUCACACGGGCCGACAACAUCGUGAAGUUUGAAGACGAGAUCAAGUCGCGACCGAAGAAGACUUGGUUCGAGAGUGAGAAAGACAAGCAGGCUGCUAAGGAUAAGGGGCGUACCGUGCUGAAUGGACCAAGUGACGCACCGGUAAAUCGUAAGGAGAAGCGCAAGUUGAGCAACAAGGAGAAGAAAGCGUUGCAGACUAAGGACGACCGUCAGUCUGGCAUGGAGUGGAAGAAGAGUAAGCACAGUACAAUCGCUGGAAAAGCGAAGAGUGCUGUGCCGAAGAAGAAGGCGAAAGGCGGAAAACCAAAACCAAAGGGGAAGAAGUGA